CUUGGGGCGGUGGGGUGGGGUGAGAUCCGGGAGGCAGGCUUUUUUUCUCUUCCAAAUAGGAGCCCGGCAGCGAGCGCUGCGCGUGAGUCUGCAAGCCGCCGCGAGUCUGCGGCGGGAGAGUUUGCCGAGCGCCGGAAACUUAGUUGGGAAAGUUGCGAAGGCGCCUCUUCGGCUCGGCUUGCCCCAUAAAACGAGCGGGAUCCUCGAGCGAGGGGACCAUGUCCGGCUCCUCCAACGUGGCGGCCAUGAAGAAGGUCGUGCAGCAGCUGCGCCUCGAGGCCAGCGUGAGCCGCGUGAAGGUUUCACAAGCUGCAGCUGACUUGAAGCAGUUUUGCCUGCAGAAUGCACACCAUGACCCCCUACUAACAGGAGUUUCUUCAAGUACAAAUCCAUUUAGGCCGCAGAAAGUGUGUUCAUUUCUCUAACUUGUGUGACCUACGUGGACUCUUUUAGUGAUCUAAUCUGUUGUGGGUCUGGUGAAUAUGGAAGUGAAAGAGAUUGACCUGGAACCUGUACAGAAACUUUGUGUUAAAUGUGCCAACUUAGAACUAGUAAUACUGCUACUGUUGUCAAACUUCUUACAAUCUACCUCUCUAAACUUGUAUGCUAGUUGCAAUAACUUCUGUUAUCAUGAUGGAAUCAAUUUUAUAUUCAAGCAAUAAAGAGUUGAUUAAAUAAC